UAACGAAGUUCAAAGUCGAGGAAGGUGGUUUGAAAAGAAAAACUGCGGUGUACCAGCCAGUUUCUUUACUUUAACAUUGUUUUGAUUAGUUAACUUCUUCAUCAACAUGUCAGGAAUCGUUGCUGGCAGAAUAGCUAUUGUGACAGGUGCUGGGUCAGGAAUUGGACGUGCCACAUGCCAGGUUAUGUCCCGAGAGGGAGCUACAGUCAUAGCAGCUGAUAAAAAUUAUGCAGCAGCUGAGCAGACUAUAAAAAGCUAUGCUGCCCUUGCUAGUGGGUUUAAUGACGCAGGCGACCACUCGGCGCUCGAGCUAGACGUAUCAGACUCCAUGUCGGUAAAACACGCCGUCCAGAAGACAUUGGAACGAUACAAGGCUCCACCCAGUAUAGUGGUCAACUGCGCUGGUAUCACACGAGAUAAUUGGCUGCUAAAACUGUCCGAGGAGGACUAUAGCAUGGUGCAGGAUGUCAACCUUAAGGGUACAUUUCUCGUGAUGCAAGCGUUUGCGCAGGCGAUGGCUGAAAAGGGCAAGCCGGGUUCCAUCAUAAACAUAUCCAGCAUAGUCGCAAAGUAUGGCAACAUUGGUCAAACUAACUACGCAAGUAGUAAGGCAGGUGUGAUCGCUAUGACUCAGUCGGCAGCUAAAGAGUUAGGAAAAUUCAAUAUUAGAGUGAACGCUGUCCUUCCCGGUUUCACAGAGACUCCGAUCGUGGAAACUGUCCCCGAAAAAGUGAUACAUCAACUGAUAAAGAUGAUACCUUUGGGCAGAAUGGGCCAGCCUUCGGAAAUAGCAGAGGUGAUUACAUUCCUGAGUUCUGACAAAAGCUCCUUCGUCACCGGGGCAGCCGUCGACGUCACUGGCGGUUUCUAGAAACUUUUAGCAGUUAAGGUGCGUCCAGAUCUGGCGAACGCCGCUGCAAUUGGGUAGUUGAUAUUUUUUUAUGUACCUACGGUAUCAGUCGAUGAGGUUUUUUUUGAGGAUCACAUGUCUGUAUGGGACCCAUUGCCUUGAAGCAAUACAAAAGUCACAGAUGAUAGUGAAACGCUGUUAAAAAUGAAACUUCCGCCAUGCGCGAAAUAGAUACCAUUUCGAGCAUGGCGGAGGUUUCAUUACUGGCUUUGGGACCUGAGGUUACUAACUUUUCUUUUAUAAGUGGUGCUGUCAUCUGUAAAUAUUAGAGAUGCCACGAAUAGAGUUUGCUGAUCCCCGUGCUAGGCCGAAGCACCGAAAUAUUCGGCGG